CACUGAAACCUUCUCCUCUAUUCCAGUCAAUGGAUCAAAUAAAUGAAACUGUAGUUUUUGAAUUUGUGUUGUUGGGACUCUCCAGUUCUUGGAAAAGUACCAUUUUUCUCAUGUCCACCUUCUCUUUGCUCUAUGUAAGCAUCAUCCUGGGAAACCUUUUCAUUGUCUUUUUGGUAAUUACUGACUCCCAUUUACAGUCUCCUAUGUAUUUUCUUCUGGCCAAUCUGUCCCUCAUUGAUGUUGGACUCUCCUCCACCACAGUGCCCAAGAUGAUCUCAGAUCUUCUGAGAGAACACAAAGUCAUUUCUUUCCACAGCUGCAUGACUCAGAUAUGCUCCAUCCACAUUAUGGGAGGAGUGGAGAUGGUGCUGCUCAUAGCCAUGGCGUUUGACAGGUACACGUUUUUUACUCCAUGCAUGUUUCUCUAUGUGUGGCCUUUCCCCUCAUCAUCAAUUGACAAAUAUCUAUUCAUUGUUGACUUUGCCGUCACCCCUGCCCUUAAUCCUGUCAUCUAUACAUUAAGAAACAAAGAUAUGAAGGAAGCCAUAAAAAAGCUGAGCAAACAGAGAUGUUACAUCAGAAUUUUCUGA